AUGAGCUCAACAGUUCCUCUCCAAAUCAUCGACGACAAUGACGAUGAUGAAUUUGAUUGGGAGGCAGCAGUGAGAGAAAUCGAUGUCGCAUGUGAAAGAGCAAAAAACCCAUCAUCAUCAUCAUCAUCAACUGCAAAUAAUCAUGCUCCAUCUUCUUCCAGUUUUACCCCUCCCGUUAAUGUUAAUAAUUCUUAUUAUUCAACCAAAAAGACUGGGACUUGUAAGCAAUCAACGCUCGAUAAGUUUAUUGGGAAAGUGGGCCAUGUUAAUCUGCCCGUGAAUCGGACGUUUGAGGUUCGUCAUCUGCAGGAUAAUGGCAUCAACGGUGAUAACAGGCCGAGUUGCAUUGAGAUUGAUGCUGAGGCAGCUAAAACUUGGAUCUACCCAGUCAAUGUGCCUCUCCGAGACUAUCAAUUAGCUAUAACAAAGACUGCAUUAUUUACCAACACAUUGGUUGCAUUGCCGACGGGGCUCGGAAAGACGCUUAUUGCUGCUGUUGUUAUGUUUAACUACUUCAGAUGGUUUCCGGAUGGUAAAAUAGUUUUUGCUGCUCCUUCUCGUCCACUUGUGACGCAACAAAUAGAAGCAUGCCAUAAUAUUGUGGGAAUAUCGCAAGAAUGGACAAUUGAUAUGACAGGUCAGGUAUGUCCUUCAAAAAGGGCAUGCUUUUGGAAAACUAAACGAGUUUUCUUUGUUACUCCACAAGUGCUGGAAAAGGAUAUUCAAUCUGGUAAUAUUUUAAGUUACGCCAUAAUAUUUCUACUGGGAAAAAGGUUAUACCAUAAUACAUUUUACAUGGAAACUUUGUGA